AGACAGUUGAACAUUAGACAAGCACCUGCAAAUAAGACACAGAUAUUGGGAUUGCUUAGACUUGGACUUUUUUGGCAACAUGGAAUCAAGAACUACUCUAAUCUUCAUUUGUACCAUGUGGACAACUCUCCUAGAAGGAUGGGGGUUGCCUGUAGUGCCACAGACUGACCUGAGUGACCCAUCUACAAACCAUAGGGUUAGGAGCAAACGCUGCUCCUGCAACAACCAGAUGGACUCUGAAUGCCACUAUUUCUGCCAUCUGGACAUCAUCUGGGUGAACACGCCAAGUAAGACCACUGUGUAUGGAUUGGGAAGUCCAUUGUCUCGUCGGAGGAGAUCUACAGGUCGCUGUUCAUGUGCUCACCCUGCGGAUCGAACAUGCAACAGCUUCUGCCACUACAGCUCUGAAAACCCAGCCAUCAUACUGGUACACCCAUCUCAGCCUGAGCAUAAAAAACAGGAACAACCCAAAAUAGAUCACCCGAUCGCUCUCAAUAGUGGAAAUGCCAGUCCUGGAGUUCAGGUUUUAGGGAAACCUUCUUCCCUUAGGGCUCGUUCUGAUGCCAUAACCUUCCUUGGGAACCUGGUUAGGGCUCGAGCCAGAGCCAUGGCAAACACAUCUAAAGCCAGUAAACUUGGCUACAGAUGAAGAUGUUACCUGAUGGAGAGAUUGGAGUGCGAGCACUUGAACAAAAAGAUGACCCUCGUGCAUCUUAGAGCAGCAGAACAUGAAAAAUACUCUGCAAUCUGGAAACCUCGAGGACAGCCCUGUGGAAGCGGAGCCUUUGACACAUGUUUAGGACAGAAUGGGAGACAUGAAGGAGUUGAGGGCAAGUCAGACCUGUUCACUGGGACAGCAGCACAAAAGAGGGUUAGGUGUUAGCGACUGCUCACAGCAUGUUAUGCUAAAAACAGCCAGUUCAAAACAUCACACUUGAGCAGUCAAGAGAUACAGGAGACAGGUGAAGUGCUGAUGAAAAGUUAGAGGGAACUUGGGAGAGAAGGAAAAUGUACUACUGAUAUUAUUUCAUAGUACCACUGGAGCCAACUACAUAGGUGUACAUUCAAAACAGAAAAGGCGUGAUAGAAAUGUAAAAGAAAAAAAAGGUGCGACAAAAGAUGGCCUAUAUUUGAGUUCAUUAAAUAUUUAUCUCAGAUAAACAAUAGCUUCAAACGGUGUCAUUUUGAAACUGCUGAUAUCUUGUUUUUUUCAACACCCAACCCAUUUUAGUUGGAAUGUUAUAUAAGGCUUUUAUCUAAAGUACAUACAGUAAAGAAACAAUAAAUAUAAAUAAUUGCCAUUUAAUUUUUAAAUGAAUCAUUAACUAUUCAAUACCAACACAUUUAUUUAGGCAAUAUAUUCAUACGUAAGCAACACUAAGAUAAAUAAUUGAACUUCUUUCUUACAGGGCACUUUUAGGCUAAUUAAUGUGUGUUCGUCUUUCUGAUUAAAAAGGAAGUCAAAAGUGAAAUAUGGCAUACAAUUGUGUUAAAAUAUAUGCUAAAGUCAAAUGUGCUAUUAAUAUACUUCUUUUAAACUAAGUAUAACAAAGAAUAUAAUCAGUCUGCUUAUAUACUUCUCAGGAAUAUACUUCUAUGUUUUGCAUGUACUUCUAUAGUCUUCUUGUAUGCUUAAAAUUAUAUUAAAGUAUGUCAAGUGCACUUUGGCUCGAAUUUAUGCUGCUUAUUCUUUAUACAGAGCAGCCUUUUCUUCAUUAUUUUCAAAUACUGCUCUGAAACCUAAAGUGAGAAGCCAUAUUUAAAUAAACUAUAAGUAUACUAACUUAUCCUUUUAACUGCCCCACCAAGAAAAAAAUAAUUGGAUUGCAUUUCUUAACUCCUAAUGUAAAAUUUUUUACAAGACAUACCAUAAUUUUUUAAAUAUCAGCCUCUACCAAAUGGUUGAUCUGUCGGGUUAUGGUAAAAGUACUGGAAUUAAUACAUAUAAUAUGAAAAAUAUGAAAAUAUGAAGUGUAAGACCAUUUUUUUUAAAUAUUCAAAAUAAAACAUUUUUGAAUACUAAACCAUCUUUAUUUAUUUAUUUAUU